AUGGAGGCCGCGGUGGAGGAAGGUGAUGGUGCCGCGAAUGUGUUGAUGGAAAUAUCAGAGGAAGAUCUUGUACCAGUUGAUGGCAAGCCAGAGGGUGAAACCGAAGUGACAGAAUCGUCGCACGACGCUAGAGGUAGAGAGAUGGCACAGAUUUCAUAA